CGCAUUCGAAAAAGAAAGAAAAAAAGAAAAGGAGUCAGUUUCCUCUCUCACUCACUGCUUCCCCUCUGCUUCUUCUUCUUCUUCUUCUUCUUCUUCUCCGCCUUUCUUCUGCUUCCAUCUCCCGUUUCCUCAUUCGCUCUCUCUCGCUACCGUCUCCUUCUUCCUCCUUCCUUCGUAAGGUUUCCGCUCUUCUCUCUCUCUCUCUCUCUCUCUCUCUCUGUAUCGUUGUAUGUUGUUCUCUGCGAAUUAUCGGCAAUGGCGGAUCUAUUGAUUGAUAGUGAUUGGAGAUGCUUCGUUUAUGUUUUUCGCUGAAUUUUGGGAUUAGGAUAGGGGAAGAUCUCUGUUUUCGUUGCUAUGGCUGUAUUUUCAGAACCUAUCGAUAGAUCUGUUGCCUCAACAUCAGCUAUUACUUCUAUUUCUUGGGUCUUUGCUUGUAUGGAGUGAGCAUAAUGGGGUGGGAUAUUGCGAUUCUGCAAUGGUUGAAUCUGAAUUAUCAAAACGGGAACAAAAUGUUGAUUGAAUUGUAUUCAUUGAUGUUUCGUGCUUUGCCUGUGAGAGUUCCUUCGUUGGUUCCCUAGGAAGUAUCGCUUAGUGGUCUGUCUUCUUUACAUUUCGUGCUUUGGGUUCUUCUAGGUUGAUUUCUUGUGUAAUGUAGUUUCUGGAGGUUUGCUGAGGCAGUUUUUAGUGGACGGUGGUUGAUAAUUGAAGAUAAGAUGCUGCUGUCAAUUGUCAUGAGGCCAUCAUGCAUUUAUGAGAAAGUGAUUGCACUCCUUGUAUUGUAUUCUUUUUCGACCUGCAUUGAUGAUGCUGUGUGACAAUUUGAUGUUCACCAAACGAAUGGAUGUUGUUUGCGUCGUGUUGAAGUAUUUGUAUUUGUUAUAUUAAUACAAAUAGAACAAUGUUUGAGCUGUUUUGGCUGAUGAAAAGCUUGUAUUGCAGUCCGUAGAAGAUGGCAGAUUCCGAGGAUAUCCAGCCCCUCGUCUGCGAUAAUGGAACCGGAAUGGUUAAGGCUGGAUUCGCUGGAGAUGAUGCUCCACGUGCAGUGUUCCCCAGUAUUGUUGGUCGUCCACGCCACACUGGUGUGAUGGUUGGCAUGGGUCAGAAGGAUGCUUACGUGGGUGAUGAAGCCCAGUCAAAGAGAGGUAUUUUGACCUUGAAAUACCCAAUUGAGCACGGUAUUGUGAGCAAUUGGGAUGACAUGGAAAAGAUUUGGCAUCACACCUUCUACAACGAGCUCCGUGUUGCCCCUGAAGAGCACCCAGUUCUUCUCACCGAGGCUCCCCUGAAUCCCAAGGCCAAUCGUGAGAAGAUGACCCAGAUCAUGUUUGAGACCUUCAACACCCCUGCCAUGUAUGUCGCCAUUCAGGCCGUGCUUUCCCUAUAUGCCAGUGGCCGUACAACUGGUAUUGUGCUAGAUUCUGGUGAUGGUGUCAGCCACACAGUCCCAAUCUAUGAGGGUUAUGCCCUUCCCCACGCCAUCCUUCGUCUUGACCUUGCUGGCCGUGAUCUCACUGAUGCUCUGAUGAAGAUCCUAACCGAGCGUGGCUAUUCCUUCACCACUACAGCAGAACGGGAAAUAGUAAGGGACAUGAAGGAGAAAUUAGCAUACAUAGCUCUUGACUAUGAGCAGGAAAUGGAGACCUCCAAAACCAGUUCAUCUGUUGAGAAGAGCUAUGAGUUGCCAGAUGGACAGGUUAUCACCAUCGGUGCUGAGCGCUUCAGGUGCCCUGAAGUCCUCUUCCAACCAUCCAUGAUAGGAAUGGAAGCUGCAGGGAUCCAUGAGACCACCUACAACUCCAUCAUGAAGUGCGAUGUGGAUAUUAGGAAGGACUUGUAUGGAAACAUUGUGCUCAGUGGUGGGUCCACUAUGUUCCCUGGUAUUGCUGACAGAAUGAGCAAGGAAAUCUCUGCACUUGCACCAAGCAGCAUGAAGAUCAAGGUGGUUGCACCGCCGGAAAGGAAGUACAGUGUCUGGAUUGGUGGUUCCAUCUUGGCUUCCCUCAGCACCUUCCAGCAGAUGUGGAUUGCCAAGGCAGAGUACGACGAGUCUGGACCAUCAAUUGUCCACAGGAAGUGCUUCUAAGCCGUCUUCAGUUUCAAAAAGGGGAAAACCAGCCUACGGAAGAACAAAGGAAGUACACCACCUGUUCUGCAAUAUUUCCAAGAGAGGACGAUAUUGCAACCCUUCCCCUCCUGUUCUUGCUUUGUUAUCCUUCUAUGUUUAUUCUCAGGUGUUUGGAGUGAUGAUUUUGAGAAAGAGGUCACAAGUCGAGAUAGCAACAAAAAAAAGCAAAAAGA